CCAUCAACAACGCACCUCUCCAAGCACCUCUCCAGCCACACUACCGCUACUGCCUCACCCCCAAACGUCCUCCCUCUCACGUUCGUUUCUCGACCGCCCACCAAGCUCAUUAUGACGUCCACCGGCAUGCUGGGAGAAGAUGGCAUUCACAUCGAUAUGAACCACCUGAAGAAGGGAGAAGUCAACCUCGGAACCUCAAUCAUGGCAAUCAACUUCAAAGACGGCGUGAUAUUAGGCGCAGACAGCAGAACAACAACGGGUGCGUACAUAGCGAAUCGGGUGACGGACAAACUUACCCAAGUCCACGACACCAUCUGGUGUUGUCGAUCCGGUUCGGCGGCAGACACGCAAGCUGUUGCAGACAUUGUCCAUUACCACCUUGGCAUGUACGGCAUCACGAACGAUGAGCCUCCAACCACACAGACGGCGGCAGCCAUCUUCCAGGAACUCUGCUAUGAUAACAAGGACCAGCUCUCGGCAGGCAUGAUCAUCGCCGGGUAUGACCACCGACACGGCGGCCAAGUGUACUCGAUUCCCCUUGGCGGUUCUCUCCACAAGCAGGCGUACGCAAUCGGUGGGUCCGGGUCUACGUACAUCUAUGGAUACUGCGACGCAAACUGGCAGGAGGGCAUGACGGAGCAGGAGGGCAUCAAAUUCGUCAAGGGAGCGCUGCAGGAGGCAAUCAAGUGGGAUGGUAGCUCUGGCGGUGUCAUUCGGAUGGUGGUGCUCACGGCUCGGGGGGCGCAGCGACAUCUGUACCUCCCCGACCAGAACUACAGAGGUCCCGGCCAGCAGUAGAGAUUAGCGGUGGCGACGAGAAGACGGUGUAUAAUAUAGAGAGCCUCCCAUGUGCUGAGCACCAAUUGGCAUUGGCACCUGCCUCAGCAUGCGAUGACGACGAUGGGCACAAUGACAUAGCCUUGGUCAAGCUCUUGUCCCACGCUCGGUGCAAGAGCUUAACGCGGUGCAUCCUCAAGGGACUUUUUCGACAAAAC